AUGUCCGUAGCCGACAGUGUGAUGGGCCUAGUCAAUGGCCAUCGCGGCAAUCAACCAGAUCUGAAGGAGAUGAUAGAGUACGAGAAAAUUGUGAAUCUACAUGACCAGAUAUUCUCUGGAAAUCAUCCAAGGUUAAAGGUUCCCCAGCAUGUUGUUCGCAAGGUUACCACCCGCUCUGUGCAAACACCUCCGCUCCCUAUUGUCCAUUCAAUUCCUGCAGAGCCGCUGGAAGCUCCGCAGAUAAAAACACAUCCCAUUCCUUCCAGCAUGCAGCCUAACACAUUGGCAUUGGCAAAUGGUUCUACUGCGGCGGCGGCGGCUCCGGCUGGGGCUGCUCCAGCUGCUUCACAGGCCGCUGCUACCUCCAGUCACAGCGGUCCCAGUGGCCAUCUAGCUACUCAAAAACCAGCAUCUGAAAUUGAUCCUAUCUUCCUUACCAAAUCUGACGACCUGAUUAGAGCUGAAUUACAACUCCAACGGCAGCGGGUUGAGCGUACAUUGCGUGACCGGAUUGAGCAGAGGAAGAUUGAGUACAGACUAAAGACGUGUCUCCAAGAAGCGAAGCCUGACUUCGACGUUUCAGAAGUCUUGAGAGAGGCAUUGCUACUUGUUAAACCUACUUCAACAACUGAUCUGGAUGGGGCUAAUGCAGACACCGCAGCCAAUGAUUCUCUCGAGGACAAUUCGUUCUACUCGAGCAAAGCCCCCGAUUCUCCUCAAAUCGGUGACCGAACUCAGCAACUAUCCACCGCCGCCCGACAAGAUCCGGUCCGACCAGCAGAAGACAACGAGAUUCCUUAUGAAGGUCAUGUAGUCCGGCAGCGUGUUGAGGGUCGCAAUAGUGAUUCCGGUGAUCGCGAUAUGAUGGAUGUGGAGAUGCAGGAACCACUGUAUAAUGUUGCAGACAAGAAUGGGCCUUCAAGGAGCCCAGAAAACCUCACUCCUCGUCGCCCCAGUCCCAGCAGAUACCAUGGCCGGGAGCAGCCUGAUAUAUCUCGUGUUGCCAAUGAAGGAAGGGUGGCAGACUCAUCCGAUCAACCCUAUAUCAAGCCCGAGCCGGUUUCUCCUCUGGCAUUGUCCGAUCUCCCUCUUGCUAGCUCAUCAAAACAGCGACCACACCACGAGGGACCUGUAUAUGUUGAUAUUUCCUCCCCGCGAUAUUCCCCCGUGGACAAUCGGCGGGAGAGUGGGCAAAGAAGAGUAUACGAGGAACAUACAGAUAGAGGCUAUGAUAUGGGACACCCUAUCGAUUUGAGUAUCCCGCGGUCUACAUCCAGAAUUGCUUACACGAAACCAUCUCGCGAUGACCAAAACCUACGUCGUGUUGCAAGCUUGCACAAUGUUAGACAGCCUGAGUAUGUGCAUGACUAUAUAGAGCCGCCAACUGACUACCAACCCCGACUGAUACGAGCCACUUCCUAUGCCGUAACCGACCGCCCAGCCCCGCAAGAAAGGGUUAGAUAUUAUGAGGAGCCAGCACAACCGUACGGUAGAAGAUAUAUAUCUGGGGACGUCUCGCCUCCCCGACCAUCAAGGCUCCGUGAAUCUUAUCCAGAGAUAGAGCCGGAACCCCGUGUCAUGGCCCCACCUCAGCGACGCGUAGUAGUCGACGCUGAUGGCAAUCGAUACAUCGAACAAAUAGCCACCCCAGCCCCCAGGCUCCAACCGUUGUCUACUCCAUCAGGAAGAUUCGCGAGGAUGGAGUCAUAUAACGAAGGUCCUUCCCACAUGGCAACCGGUGGCAUUCGUGCUAGCUCUGUAAUGGAGGACCCUUACCAUGACCGCGGCUACUCCCAAAACAUGCCGCCUCCGCCUCUAACUUAUCGACGGGCACCAGCGCCGGAAUAUCCUCGCGAAGUCGUUCGUGAGCGGCCCAUCUACGCCCGUGAGGUUGACGAGCGAGGACUCGCCGACUACGCACCUCCUCUUCGGCAUGCGACCUAUUUCGAGGAUCCCUUGCCCAGGGAAGAUAUGGUGAGGAUGUCCAGCGUUCGGCCCCCACCGUCGCGAUACGGGGAGCCUUCCCGCCAGCCACUGCAACGUAUGCAGAGUAACAGGCCUGGCGGGCGUGAGGUAAGUGUGUACGUGGACGAUGAACCACGUCCGCGUCGCGAAUAUGCCCCUGUUGAGCGGGCUGGGUUUGCGACUGCUCGUCCUGUGAGGGAGGAGCAGUAUUAUGAUGAUUAG